AUGAACGGCACUGCAACGCCCGUGACUGUCUCGUACAGACCGUAUCAGUCGAAGCGGCAUUCGCGCAACUCGUCUGGACUGGGGAGCAGUGCAGGGUUCUCGCCGCCUGUCACCCCGCCAGCAAGGUCGCCUGGGCCAUAUGAGUCUCCGAGCACACCUGAGCACAGGGUGUAUGGCAACACAAAGUACCUGGCUCCUCAUCAUCAGACAACGCCCACUGUCACUGUUCCCUCCCGAUCGUCGCCAUCUCCCUCUCCCUCGCCGUCGCCCACAACGCCAGAGGCCACUCAGGCGCCGAACCCAAUCGAGACUGCAUACAAGUCUGCAUACACAGAGCAAGCGCCGGACACACAGACACUGCCUACGCCAUCUCCCACUCCCGAGCAGCCAGCCUCUACCGAAUCGAGCUCGCAGCCGACGUCGCCUCUGACGCAGCUCCCAGCGCUUCCGGCCUCACGCCCCGGCUCAGAGACAGCUGGGCCUUCGUCUCCUGGGCCUUCAUCCCACUCCAGCACAGCCCCAUCUCCACGUCCUACGAUCGUACAGAGACCCGGCUCGCGUUUUCGCGUAGUAUCCACCCGCGGUCUGAGCGCGAACACUCAACCCGCCAGGCCAUCUCCACUCCGCCCAGCCUCCCAUCUCUCCCCUGGGCCUCUACCCCUACGGCACCAACCCACACACACACUUUCAAAUGCAUCCACGCCUGUAUCUCCCUCACCGGUUCCAAGUUACCAGCAUCGGUCAGCGCUCCUGUCCCAUUCAACGAACGUCUCUCCCGGAAACAGAAACAAACCUCUGCCAGCUCCUGGAUCGGCUCGCCCCUCGAGAUCCACGACCCCCAUCUUGACCCCUGUACCAGCUCCGAGGUCCACCACUCCCGUUGCUGCACCGAGUCCGACUUCCAACACUCCAGUUCCCUAUGCUGUCUUGUCCCGCACUUCGUCCGCCUCUCCCGUCCCUACGAACAUACCAGGAGUGAAUUCCCCCUCGAGACCCGCGCCCUACCGAGCCGGGUUCCAGCCCAAAGGUGUCUACAGACACCGAACAGAGGAAUUUGAAGCCGCUCGUGCCAAAAAAGUAGAUGGGAAACGAACCGAGGAGAAAAGGCUGACAAGGCGAUUGGAAAAACUUAUUGACCUCCAUUUCUCGCCGAAAGAAAAGGACGAUGCUCCUCCUCCUCCUAAUAGACGAUCCUCUUCCUUUUUUGACGACUUGGCCGAGCUCAAGAAUAAAUCUCCAAACGAACUUUGGAGAGGCGUCGUAGAGAGCAAGGCGGCUCAACAGGAAAGAGCCAUCAGGACCGCCGAACAGACCAUCACUAAAUGGGAGGACGACAAGGACGUUUCGGCCUGCCCUAUAUGCACGACAUCAUUCCACCCCCUCACCAACCGCAAACACCACUGCCGACUCUGUGGUCGAGUCGUAUGCUCCCUUCCUCCCAAACCCCCCACCGCCCGAUCUCGUGCUCGCUCUUGA